CCUAUCACACUGUGAAUGGCAUGUCCUUGGCUGUCCCCUCAGUCUGAAGCAUGUUGAAAUCUGAGGAACAGCACUCACGUUUGCAGCCACACAAGAGACAUUUCCUGAAAAUCCAGGAAAAACUGGGCCUAGGGACCCUGCAGAGGAGGCCUUAGGGGUUUCAGGGCCCAUUCCCGUGUCUCUCUGCUUACAGACCCUCUCCCUGGUAACCCGAGGGUUGGCAGGCACUGAAUAGUCGACCAGACCAUUCAGAUUUCCAAGGGGGACGGUGAUGGGAGCCCCAGGCCAAGAGGCAGUUAAACCUGCUCCCACCCUGGCUAGUGUUUCCACACAUGAGAGGCUUCCAAGGAGACAGGCUGAAGCAAGCCAGGCAAAGGCCUCCCUCUCAUUCUUUCCUACUAAGUUGCUACCUCUAUACUCCCAGUUAGUUGUCCCCUCCCCCAGACAGGCCAGGGCUCUCCCAGCAAAACCAUGCCCAGGAGCAAAAGCAGGGGGGGAGAGCCAGUCUGCUACAGGCUCUGCUGCAUAGGGUCGCAGCCUGCCCGCUGGUACACCUUGGAUCUCCUGGGACAGCUGAGAGACCUGGCCACUGAGAAUAGAGACCUCCAAGGGUACCAUGAACACAGAGGUCUCCAGCCUCCUCAGCCCUCCAGCCUUCCUUACAACCCCUGCCACCUCCGGGACUUCCACCCAGGCUGCCGACCCUGUACCGAUUCUCAUUGCCCUGGCCUGCAUUUUCCUACUCCUGGCCUCUUGCCUGCUGUUCAUGAUGCUGUGUAAGCCAACUGCCCUGGACCCCGGCCGCCAAGGGGCCCGGGAGUGCAUGCCACAUCACCCAGUGAGUCCCAGCGAGCCCAGGCUCCGGCUCUGGAAGCGCUUGGGCUCACUGCGACGCUCUCUGCACAGCUUCCGCCGGGGCAGGCCUGCUAGCCAGCAGUGUCCUCUGCCGGGCCUUGAUGACCAUCGAGGUGACUAUGACUGGACUGAAGCCACCAAGAUGUGACACAGUGCCCAUCCACACACGGGCUCACCCAAGACCAUCCUGCCUCUGAUGGAACCUGGCAUCACAGGCUGUAGGACAGUAGUACUGAUACUCUGGACCCCUAAAGCACCCCAGUAUUUCCCUGUGUGUUUAGUCUGUGUCCUUUCCCAGAAGACUCUGAAGGCUCCUGAUUCUGCUUGUAAACAGACCUUUGGAUCAAAACCUCUAGACCUUUACUCUGGGCUCUGAGGUUUAACUUAGAGCACUGGGGCACCCAUUUUGGAAGCUAGGUAUCUACUAAUUCUAGGAUAGCACCCUUUGCUCCUCCAGAAGCCUUGUUUAUCUUCUGAAGAUCCAGCUUAAACCAGUUGCUAAAAGGUCCAGAUGCCUCAGCAAAGUGGGAUGCUUGCAUACCCACAUCUGUGCUAACCCAGGGAAAGGGGCCCAGAGAUCUCUUUCUUGACCUUCCUGCCCCCUUCUGUUGGGUCUUGUUCGUUGCCAGCUAGGACACUGGUAAGGAUCAAACCACGAGCAUCCUUUAGUGGCACCUGCCAGGACAGCUUGGGAAGACCUGAAGAUGGAUAAAGAUGUUCCCUACACACCGAGCGUGGAAGACCACACUUGUAUUGCCAGCAUUCAAUGGGCUGAGGUAGGAGGGUUGUCAGCGGCAGCCUGAGCUAAACGUGAAAUCACACUUCAAGUAAAAUCAAAACAAAUCAGACAAACAAAAACCGUUGUCACUGUGGUAGGAGGCUAGCCCUUGUCUGCACCAGAGGCGAUGCCACCUGGCCUCUGAGGAUGCCUGGCAGUGGUACCUCACUGGGAGAGAGGUGGCCUCCUCUCAGAUAGCACGGACCAGACCUCCCAGGACAGGAGGAUGGAUCAAAGCUGUGCUUUCUGUGGUGUGGCAACAGCUUCAUCAAGGGACAGGUCAUAGCAGGCCCACUCCAGUGUGGUGUGGGCUGCCUGCUGGGAAUCCCUCCUCUCCCCUUCUUCAGCCGAGGCCUCCUGCAUCUUAGACUUAAAGACAGGGCAGAGGGAACCUGAGAGGCUUAGCUCCUGCCCCAGAGUCAAGUGAUGCAGGAGCCCAUCACUAGGCUGGCUUCCCUACCCAUAGUAAAGCCACUCAAGCCUUCCCAAGGACUAAUCUCUGGUUUCGCUGUUACCUGGUCCCGAGCUGUUACUGCCUCCCGUGUGUCCAUGGGAUGUACCCACUCCACGGUGUGCAGCAGGGUCUGGGCACUAGCUGCAAUUUAUAGUUCGAGCCUCGUCCUGACCAGACACUCCAGGCCACUGAAGGAUACUCUCCUUCAUGUUCGUGGUUUAUGCUUUACUGGUACCAGUAUUUCAAAGCCUUCUUUGUUUUCCAAUAGAACUGCCCUCUCUCCCAGAACUGCUCAUAUCUAAUCUGUAUCAAGGAGCAUUCAGUCUUGUCUGUCUUCUUUCUUUUUUUUGUUUUGUUUUGUUUUGUUUUU